ACAGACUCUUUGGUGUGGCUGCAGCGCUGCGCACUGCGCAUGCACUAAAGGCGCUGAAAUUCAAAAGUUUGAAGGAGCUUCGUGAAAACAGACGCUGAUUUUACUGAGUAAGAAAAUGGAAAAGAACGGUCAGCCAGACCAAAACCAAAAAAGACAGAGAGAUCCACUGGAAGAAAAUGUGUCCGUCCCUAAUGAGCUUGAAAGCGUGCUGAAGAGGAGGCGCUUGGCUGCAGAUGGAGUAGAAAAUCAGAAACCACUGGCAGGAUCUCCUUCAAGAUCACGCCGAUUUGAGUUAGAGGUGAAGCCAGACACUCCCGCUUUAGCCUCUGUUCGUCUUAGAGUACAGCAGCUCACACAGAGACGAGAUGGUGGGGCUUCACAGGUCCAGCGCUGUAUGUCAGACCCGGGGACAGAUAGUCCCUCCACCAGCAUACUCCGAGAUGUUUGUCACAUUGGUGAUGGUGAAUUUAACUCUCGUUUGGAGCGCUUUAAGACUCCCACACCGGAGAGCAGCCCAGUCCUUUCCACGCCCUCUGCACGCACACUCUCCAACUUAGUGCACAAUAUGCAGCAGCAGCUCAAUGCGACUGUGACUCCCAGUACAAAGGAGGCAUCACGUAUCCGCCAGGCUAGAGAUGAUGAACUGAAGUUAUUGAAAGUUCAGCCUCUCACUGAGAACAUGUGGCUCAAGAGGAGCUUGUCUGACUCUUCGCUUGCUGAGGAUGACUCAGGCAUUGACUCAAAAGAGGCUGUAUGCUGCAUAAGCUUCAGUGGUGUGAAUGAAGUGGUGGGAGACAGCUUCAGUGACACAUCAGCUGUUGCUGGAGACUUGCGAUCAUCAGAAUCUGCAACCCACACCAAUGAAGAAAUGAGCACCUCCACCUUAAUCGACAAGAUGUUUGAAGAUGUCUUGCAAGAAGCUGACAAAGAAGAGGAAGAGGAGAAAGAGAAGGAACACAGCCUUCCAGAGCCUAAAAAGCAAGAGAAAACUGACACAGGAUCAAGUGAAACUAAAGAGGUCAAUGACAAAUCUCUGGCUUCUGUCUCUGAAGGGAACAGCGUAUGCAUAGAAGAAGAAUCAGAAGAAACAUCUCUCCAUGCUGAAGGGUUAAAUGGGAAGGGUAUAAUAUCCAGUGAAGGAGAUAAACUUGAUGAAGAAAUGGUCUGCGGUCAUUCAGAAGAAACAGAAGAAAGCACACACAUGUGUAAUGAAGAAGACUUCUUAACUCUACCACCCUCUUGCAUCCUCUCUCCUCUCAGUAAAUCUGUGGAGGCUGCUGUUACACCAUUGAGGAUGACGACCCCUUUGCCACCUCCGACAGUGCAAAGUACUUCUUCAGAGGAGAUGACUUCAGUUAACAGUGCUCCACCUUUAUACAGCAUUGAUGCAUACCGAUCUCAGCAAAAGAACAGUAAUCUUCCCUCUGAGAGUAUGACUUCUGGGGUGCAGAGACAGGCUCCUGAUAAGUCUUACAUCAAGCCAGCCAUCAACACUAAAGAGACUAUCAAGGCUCUGAGUGAGGAGGCUGCUAAACUGCAGACUGUAAUUAACCAGACACUACAGGCUCUGAGCUGUUGCAGUGAUGAAGAACAUGGCAAAGGUUCCUUGCAAGAAGCAGAAGCUGAGAAACUCCUGCUUGUUUCCAGUGAGAAGCAUACUGCACUCCUGGCUGAGAUCAGCAGACUGCGAGAGGGUAAAGGAGCAGAAUUAAACUCUAACGCUGGCUCUCUGCAACCGUGCAGGGGCACCGUCAGCAUUAGCAGUGUCCAGCUGCCUCUGAAAGUGGAGUUUGUGUGCUCUGCCCGAACAGGACGUCCUACACACUACUUUUUCAUCCUGAUCCGUUAUGGCUCCUAUAACAUUGUGGCUACCCCACUGGCUACUGCAGCUGAUGCUGAAAAUGGUGAUACCAUCACAUUUCCCACUUCUAUCACCUUACAGGACAUUCGAUCCAGCUUUGAAAUUGAUGUAGAAGUCUACAGCCUGUCUAAUAAUGUGGGGAAUACCCUCACUGCUAAUCUGCAGCAGCAGCGCAGCUCCACAAAAUCACGAGUGACACCAAGGAAGCUGCUGAGCACAAUUACGAAAUCCAACCAGGGUUUGAACUCUAGCGCUCUGCCUGCUCUGGGCCCUCGUCGGACCAGUAACUUCUGUUUAGUUGGCUCCCACAAGAUCACCCUGGCUUCCCUGGGGCAGAGCAAGUUCACACUAGACAAGAUGAAGUUUGAGGGCAAAAUCAGGCGACUCCUUGGAGAUGAGUUUCAGGAAAAGGUUCCCUUCCUGUCUCCACUGGAGGGCCAUGUCUACCUGAGGCUGCACAGUGAAAGCCACUCCAAUGUUCAGCACCAAGGCUUUCUGACCAUGUUUGAGGAUGUGAGUGGGUUUGGAGCUUGGCAGCGACUCUUCUUUAAGCUUGAGGGAGGAUUCUUCUUCUACUGGAACCACCCCAAUGAGAUGGGUGACAAGCCUGCAGAGGGUAGCAUAUCUCUGUGCGGGUUUGACUGUGUGAAGCCUGUGGAGAGAGACUCCUGUGCACGACCUAAUACGUUUGAACUAGUGAACGUCAAGACCCUGCAACAAGAUGGUCACGUCUUGACCAAGACCUGGUUCUCAGCAGAUAAUCGAGAGGAACGUGCCAACUGGAUGGACAAACUUAACCAGGUGCUGUUAGACCUACAUACAUGGAGUAGGCAAUCCUCUCUCAGCGAUGUGGAUCCAGCCAACAUCUCUUCAAAUACAGCCACAUCUCGUGAGAGCAUCCUGUAACGUUACUGAACGCAACAUGUUUACACAGUAAUCUGAAGGUAUUUUCUGCACUUUUACAGUAUAAAAGGCAGAACAGCCUGGCUGUCCUGACACAUUGCAGGGUUAACUGCAUGCUGUGGACCUAAAGUAGCCAGGCAGCGCUGCUUUUUUUUUUUUUUAAAUAUCAGAAGGUGUACAAGGGGCCUCAGUUAUGAUUAUUUUAUGAAAGUGGCAUAAUAUACCAGCUUAAUCAUAAAUAUAUGAAAGUAUGAAUUUAUUAUUGAUUCUGAUAUUUAGGGUAAAUGGUGUAGUUAUAGCUCACUGAAUUCAGGUUUAUUUUCAGUGCCUUUUGAUUUAUAUGCUUCCCCAAUGUGGCACCUCCUUUUUUUUGAUUGACUGUCUCAGUCAAGGAGUUUCUCAGACUGGUGCUUUUUAAAGCACUAAUUCUAAAUGCAGCAAAGAGUGAUUCUUUGUAACCGUAUGGAUUAUUGCUGUUUUAUGUCAACAGAAUAGUUGUUUUUUGCAACUCUGCAGAUGCAGUUACUGUUUUGUCCCCUUCUCAAGCACUACUUAUAGGAUGGCUGAAAAGAGACACAGACCUUCAAGGGAGUAUACAAUUUGCACAUAUAAAGUGCUUUGUCUAUACUAUAGCAUAUUAUUUCUAAAGAGUAGCAUUUAUUCUUUCAUUUUAUUUUCCUUUAUAAUAAGUAAUGUCUACAAGAGAUCUGAUCAGUGGUUAGAUCUUAUUGUAGAUUUGACCCUCCUUUCACAUAUUGUGUAUUCUGUUUAUUGUAGCUUAUAUAUUUGGGAGACACAUUCUAAAACUGUAAUGUACUGAAAUUCAUUUUCUACUAAUGGUUUCAGUAAUUAUUUUGAAAACAUCAAACUGUAGAAGAAAUAUCUGCUACACCGAGGUUUCUGUGGAGAGUUAAGAGACCUCUGAUGCUAAAGAUGAUAAUCUAACUUCAAAACAAAUGAACAGAAUUGAGUGUUUUUGAGGAAAUGUACUGGAUUAGGUUGGAUUUUGGGGUAAUAGCCAAGAAAAUAGCAUUUAGAAAUCUGUGUAUUAUCUAUGUAUUCUCAGGUUUCUGUCAGUGUUAUUUUCUCAUCUAUCAACCAACCUCUAUGCAAUGCACUUGUAUAGGUACUACAAAAUAAAUAUGGCUAUCAUAACUUACAUAUUUAUUUCUUGUUUGAACAUUUUUCUGUUUGUCUUCCUGCUGUUGUAAGGAAGCGUGGUGCAUUACAUCUCUGUCUGUUUAGAGCUUGAAGGCACUUCUUGUGUUUCUAUCUCUGUACUAAAGGAAAACAAUUAAAGAAACUUUAAUCAGG